CGCUGCCCUCUCAAAAGGAGAGAGAGAGAGAACGAAAGUGCGAAAGGAUAUCUCCGAGCUCAAAAUUAGGGUUUCGUCUUCUCCGAUCUCAACAUUAGGGAUUCGUCUUCUCCGUCUCCCUCCUCCGAUCUUGGUGAUCUCCCUCGAUUGCUAGGGUUCUUUCGAUCUCCGUCUCCUCCUCCUUCGAGCCCGGCGAUCUCCCUCGAUCGCUAGCGUUUCUUCUUCGUCUUCGAGCUCCUCCGAUCUCGGCGUGCGAUCUCCCUUGAUCGAAUUCGCCUCAGGGAGAGAAAAAAAAAAGAACGAAAGGAAGGAUGUUUAACGGAAAUAAUGGCAAUCUUCAGUUCCCCUCUUUCUUGGAGCAAGAACAAUUCCGUUAUGGUUCUAGUGCAUCUACUCAAUUGCAGUUGUUUGGAAACACUGAAUUUCCUGCUACAUGUAACGUUGGUCCUGUUAACAAUGUCGGACAUCAUAAUUUUUCUGGUCUAAGCCAACCAAACCAAAUAAAGAGGGAGAUGGAUGACACGGAAAGGCAGUACAAGCUUCAGAUUUCCUUGGGCAAUUUUGGCCAGGACGAGGCUGAUCGAAUAGCAAUGGGUUUCCGCAAUCCAAAUGCUGUGUCAACCGGGUUAAGACUCUCCUAUGAUGAUGAUGAACACAACUCCUCUAUUACAUCUGCUAGUGGAAGCAUGACUUCACUUCCUAUCAUGAUGUCCAUUAGUGAUGAUCUGAGGGCUGAGAUUGACCGGCAAAAUGAAGAGUUUGAUAAUUACAUUAAAAUUCAGGAGGAACAAAUGAUGAAAGGCAUGAGAGAGAUGACCCAGAGGCACACAGUUGCAUUCCUAAACGCCAUCGAGAAAGGGGUGGGAAGGAAACUGCGUGAGAAAGAGCUCGAGGUGGAGAAUAUGAGUAGGAAAAACAAAGAGCUAGUCGAACGGAUCAAGCUAGUGUCGAUGGAGGCCCAAUCAUGGCAAUGCAGAGCAUGGUACAAUGAGUCCAUCAUCAAUAUGCUGAAGAGUAACCUCAACCAAGCCUUAGCGCAGGGGGGGGCCGGAGAUCAUGCCAAGGAAGGGUGUGGGGAGAGCGAAGUAGACAAUACGGCGGUCUCUUCUUACAACCCUAAUGUGCUGAUCGGAGGCGAGGAUUUCCCUCGUCAGCCGAGAAAGCUGAGUCAGCAGCUGGUGUGUAGGUCGUGCAAGUGUCAGGAAGUUUGCAUGCUUUUGAUGCCGUGCCGGCAUCUGUGCUUGUGUGAGCACUGUGAGCGCUUAGUGGAACUCUGUCCGAUCUGCAAAUCCAGGAAGAGUGCUAGCCUUCCCAUUUUCAUGUCCUGAUAAGUGGAAAAAAGAAAAUGUUACACCAUCGUUAUAAAUCGAAGUAAUCUCAUCAACAGGAAUCAUAUAUACCUGAUACCUGAUUAGUACUUCCAAGCGUACCGAAUGUGGUUCUAUCCCUUUCCGUCUGUGUGUGUUCUUGUGCAUGGCUUGUCAUGCCUCUGCUGACUCUCCUAUAUUCUGGAUCCGGGUGAAAAAGAGGCUUCCAUUGUGAGGUUGAAUUGAAUGACGUGCUGGUUGUAGUUGAUAGCGAACAAUUUUCAGUCCUCAGUGAUUUUUUUUCAAAGCUUAAAUGUAUUUCGUGGCGCAAAGUGUUGAUCAGCAGCCUUUUCAACCUAACAUCAUCGGCUGGUUGGUAAGUGGAUGUCCUUUUUUUGCCA